CGACCUGCACGUCGACCAUUGCUUGCGUUGUAUAUGGCCAACUUGGCGACCGAAUCUAUAUGGAAUAUGGCUGAGGUGCGCGGUUAUGUGCGUUCUAUACCACAAGGACAGACUUUAAUAUUCGGCGUUAGCAUAUCAGCGCUAUUGUAUUUGUAUCGAUUGGGUCUGCAUAAAACCACCUGCAAGGAUUCGCUAUUCAAUGUCUUGCGGUUUUUUGUGGAUAAAAGAGAAGAGGGUCCGGUAGUAGCGAAGGCGGGGUGCGAGGGUGCAGCGACGGCGACGGCGACAGAAGCGUCCGUGAGUGCUGCAUCAACGUCCUCAUCUGCCAAUACUCAACGCUCUCGCGCACCACUUGACUUUCGGAGUAUAAAUGUACUCGUCCAGAUCUAUAGUCGUUUCUUGGAUGCGGUGAAGAGUAGGCAUCCCUCUUGCCCGCAUCGUGAUAAUUGUUGGCAUUAUGCGCUAAUGGGUGGUCUCAGACCCUUUGUUGGCGGUAUUGGUUUGCAGUUGGCGUUGAGGCUGAUCAUGAAUUUCAAGAAAAUAAUGCAAUUCAAGUUGGACGUGCGUAAGACUAUAUUCAAUAAGGACACACUAAAUUUGGGCAUAUUCCUGGGUUGCUUUUCCUUCUUAUAUAAGGGUGUUUCCUGUACGCUGCGGCACAGCUUUGGUCGCGAUGAUCCCCGCUUUGCGAUACCAGCGGGUCUGCUAGCCAGCACAGCUUUUACAAAAUAUCCCGACGUGACAGUGGCGCUGUAUGUUAUGUGGAAAGCAUUACAAAUCUGCUACAAUUUGGGCAUCAAAGAAGGGGUUUUGCCCCACGUUUCGAAUUUCACGAUAUUCUUAUACGCUUUCUGUACGGCUAUAGAGUUUCAUGCAGGCAUUCUUGAGCCAAAAACGGUGCGACCGAGCUAUAUCAAAUUUCUCCAAGGGAUGUCAGGAGACAGAUUUAAUCGAUUUAACUUGGAACCCUUCAGCAUCUAUGGUCAAAAUGCCAGCGAACAAAUGCGAGAAGUUUCCAGAAAACUGAAUAUUAUCAACCAAGCACCGUUGCCUAAAUGUUCACUUGCCUCGUGGAAAUAAUACUAACAUACAUACAUACAUAUAGCGAUGCAAUAUCUAUAAUUACAUAUACAAUGUAUAGAGAAAAGCAGACUUAGAAAGGGUUUAGAGAGCGCGAUAAUGCAGAAGGCAAAGCCUUUCGCUAAAGAAGCGAUUUAGAAUGAGAAAUACAAUUGUGUGAUUCACAACGAGUCAUUACAGUCAUAAACUUUAAAACUUUAAAACGUUAAAAACGAUGCUGCAGUUGUUAUGAAUCAUUCAAAAAUAAAUUUAACGUUUAUAAAUUUUAUGAAAAUAUCACUAAUUACGACAACUUGCGAAUCACCAAAAUAAUUAGUUAGACAUCGUCGUAGUAAGGCAACGAAGCAGAAGAGCAUGAAAAAUAAUGUAAUAAGUGUAAAGACAUUCUUUAAUGAAUGAUGAAGAAAAGCGUAAUCGAGCAGAGAAUCAGCUAGAGUUUCAUAAAUGUAUUAUGAAUAAAAUCAAUUUUUUUUUAUACUACAUACUAUGUGCAUAUGUGCAAGUGUUUCUUAGCGUUUUUUUUUUUGUUUUAUUAUUAUUUUUUACUUGAUUUUGUUUGGAUGACUUAUUAAAGAUUAAGUGAAAAUCCUAGUAUUUGUACAUAAAUAUAUAUUACGAAAACUUUAAUUCUAAAAAUUUGGGUGAUUUGUUUUUAGACGCAGGUCUUUCAAACUGCGGUGUAUUGAUUUUUUGGUAGACUUUUAUAUUUUCCCUUUGUAUGGUUAAAAAAAUAAUGAUGUGGUGGAAUUUGUAUGCAUAUUAAAAUCUUUCUUAUUUAUAUUCUUUCAUUAAUAAUAAUAUUCUUUAUUCUUGCUUAAAAAAAAAAACUUAGGAAUAGUCGUUGCCUAUGAUUUAGGUAUAUAAAAUAAAAUAAACACAUAAACAUACAUAUAUGGAUAUGCAUAUUUAUAAAACUAAGGUUAAGACAUAAACUAGCUAAUAGCUACGAUAAAAAAAGAUUUUACAAAAUUUAAUAAAUAAAAAUAUACAUUACUUUAAAAUUUCUGUGACCGUCACAAAAUAA